AUGCUGCAAAGCUUUUUUGUUAUUCAAUCCGGUCCAGUUGAUGUGGAGGCACCCUUUCGGUGCCUAGCUUCCAUACCACCCGAAGAAAGCACAAGGGCUGAGAUACUGCCAGGUUGCUCAAGCCUAGACAGGGAAAGUCGAAAGGCAGGGGUCGGGUUUGAACCACGGACGUUCCGGCUUGGGCAACCUGGCAGUAUCCCAGUCCUCAUGCUUCCUUCGGGUGGCAUGGCAGCUAGGCACCGGAAGGGUGCUACAGCUGAACACUAUACAUGA